AUGGCUCCAACCAAGAAGUCCGCUUCCAACUCCAAGGCUUCCACCCCCGGAGCAACCAACCCCUCUUCCUCCAAAACAAACACCCAAUCUCCCUCCACAGUGAACCGCCCACCCCCGGCCCCAGCAAACAACCAAGCCCCGUCUAAACGCGAUGGCAGCAACCCUACCAAGGGUGCAUCUGGCAUCACGACCAACCACCCGGGCUCGACUCCAUCCAACUCCAACUCAGCUCCUUCCGCAGCGGACCCAUCUUCCGACGGAGAGGACUUCGACCGCCCAGAGUCCGACGGAGAGGAGGUCGAGCGCCCACCCUCACCAAUGACCGUCGAAGAGCGAAUCAUGUUUCGAGGGAUGCGGGAGAAGAUGCGAGUCGCCCUCGCCGCAAAUGAGCCAAGCCAUUUCACCGACGCGGAAAUGGCCGUCAUGGACAAGGUGUCGGAUAUUAUGGCCCGUGGCGGGCGCGCUUGGGAAUGGUGGUAA